ACCUGCUUCCCCCUUUGGUGUAAUGACAGCUCUUCACUUUGGACUCAAAAGCCGAACUCAGACAAGUGAUCUCUAGCAGUUGAAAGGCCGGUUUAGUGUAAACUUGGAGUAGAGUAAUGUGGAAUUUGAAACGGAGCUGACGGAUGAGCCAUGCAAGCUGAGGCAGCAAAGUAAACAAGGAAGUGCGUGAUGUGAGCUGCUGGACGAGGAAUAAUGCAAUAAUGAUAGAAGCUGAAACAAACCGUAAUGUUGGACCUUGUGGGCAAACGGAAUGAUCUAUACGGGAGCGUAUAACUGCCCUCUUCUUUUUUUUUACUUUGUUUAUUGAUUUUCACAUUUAGAAGAAAUUACAGUGUUAACCCAAUACUUGUUAUUAUUGUUGCCAGUUAACAACAAACCAAUGAACAAACAGGCCUCCUCCUCGGCAGAGUGAUAGGAAGAUACACAAUUAAAAGCAAAAAAUAAUAACAAUAAUACCAUUUUUUAUAAAAAUUCAAAUAAAUAAAAUAAUCUACCAACCCUAACCACCAGAUUCAUACAGGUUCACCCAGCUGGACAAACAGAAGAAGACUGGUGAGGAACAUCACUUCAUCUGCAAUAUCUCAUGUAAAUGAAUAAAAAACUCACAGGAGCAAAAUCGCCUAAAUGUUAAAAUAUUGUGGUUAUUUAAAUCCAAUAUUAUACAAAUGUAGAAUUGCAGAGAAAAAAUUUUAUUUUUGCACAAAUAUUCAGUCAUUAAACAAUUGUGAAGGACUAUGCUUCUUACCUGAGAAUGAAUCCCAGAUAAGAAAUGUCAGACUCAUCGUAAAAAAUUCUUAUCUGGGUUUCAAAUAUCUGCAUCAGUUGGUGAAUGAGGCCGAUUGUUUCUUGAGAAACUACAGAACCCUGUGAAUAGCAUGCAGAGUUAGAGAUGGAGCAAAUGCAUGAUGGUAACUGUCUCUAUUGUUUCACUUUCAGGGGGAAUAGUGAAUGUCACACGUGUGAUGCAUACUGUAAGAUCUGCUUUGGUCCUCAAGCACAGGAUUGUUCUUCUUGUUUCAAAGGUACAAAGACUCAGUCUUGUCGGUCAUGACAUUUCAUUUGAUCAUAGCCCCAGGGCUUAGGUGAGUGUGUGUGUGUGUUUAGUGUGCAUCUUUACAGGGUAUUUCCUGGAACAGGACAGUUCUUGUGUUGUUCAGUGUCCAUCUGGCUCCUAUGCAAACAAUGCAACUCAGCUGUGAGGACUGCUCUCCAAACUGUGAGGCCUGCAUAGAUAUCAGUGAUAACUGUGUCAGCUGCGCCAAAGGGCGCUAUAGACUUUUUGUCCACCAGGGGCGCUGCUGGUCAAAUUGCUCCGAGUAAGCUAUUGUAAUGAUUUUUGUAAUUAUGGUAGAUUUUUGUUAACUGUAUCUGUCUCUUUAUACAUAUUAACUAUCUCUUGAUACCACUUGCAAAAGUUUCUUUAAGACAGCUGAGGGUUCAUGUGAAGCCUGUGACAUCUCCAGUCUCUUGCAGUGACUGGAAUCCACGUUGUCAUUUCACCUGUACAGCUGUGCGUGUUGUUAGCAGGUUCUGGUACGGUCCUGUAAGUUGGAGCUCCUGUGAGUCAGCCGUGGGUGUGGUUGAGUCAACCUGUAAGAGAAUGGGUGAAGCAGGUAAGUGGCUGGCGAGCAGUUGCUCUUGCUGUUGCAUCCGCUCCGGCAUUACCUUGUUAUAGUGGGUCAUGAUUAAAAGUGUGAGCAUCACAUCUUUAACUGCCUUUUUGAAAGGUCGGUCAAGGAUGGGAAGUCCUAAAGUAGGGGUUGAUGGUAAGGUCAGUUUCAAGUCAGUGAAAGAUUUUCUGUGUUAUCAGUCCAUAUAACUUUAUGAUAUGCUUGUAGGCCAUUGUGUGAUUGCACUGAGGUGCGCCUCGAGGACAGCAUAGUUAGGAAUAAAUGAUCUGCAAUAAAAGCCCAUUCAAAGGAAUGACAUCACUUAUUUCUUGGUAACAGUUUAGGAAUAUUUUAAAUUACCGGGAUUUGCACUCUGCUGUGAUCACAUGCCUUAAAAAUUUAACUUGUUCUCUCACAAACUGCAAUUUUUUCAGGCUUGCUUUGUGGCCCUGACACAGGCGUGUGAAUGUAUAAGUUUCACUGUUGAACUCUAAUGCAAACCAGAAGUCGCUGUAUUUGCCAGAUCAACAACAGAGAACAUUUUACUAUUCGGCAGAACUAGCUUAAGGAUUGUUUAAAGAUUUGGAAAAGACAAAGCACGUUGUAGUGGGGCAUUGACAACUUACAAAUCUCAGAUGAAUCGCAAAUCAUAAGAUUGUGUUUUAUCCAAAUAUUAUUUUAUUUGUGAAACAGUGGAAUGAUGAUGUGACUUAAACAACUAAAAGCUAUACGAUUUGAUGUACAUAAAAAUAAAUAUGAAAUAACGUCCACCUAAUGUGCUCUGUUCUACUUGACAGCUGGUUAUGCUGCCACAAUCUUAUGUCGUCCUCAUUUGACACACCUACAGCAAAUAGGGCCUGAAGGUGUUUGGUGUAAUUCAUCUGAUGAGGUAGUGUCAUUGAUCAGUCUGCACCGAGGACAUCAUCACCGGUGAAUUAAGGAGACAGCUUCUGUAAGGAUGGCGCGUCACAGGUUCCCUAAGUUGAGGAUCUUUUGUUUCAUCUUCAUAGGUAUGUUUCUUGCAUUUGUCUUUUGGGAAGGCGGCUCUGGCAGGUGGUCAUCGGCUGAUUUUGUAAUACCAGAGCAGUUAUAUACGGACCUGCCCGUGUGCUUAGCCAUCAUCAGUGGAGACACAGAGGGCAAGAUGAGUAAAUUAAAAGAGCUUCUAGCAUCUGGGACAGAGCAGAAGAAGCUUUCGGAGGAUAUCUACCUGAAUGUGACAAAGGACUGUCCAGCUUACAUUCAAAAGAGAGAUUUCAUUACAGUGCCUCUCAGUGAAGAGGAGAAUGACUUUCCCAUUGCCUACUCCAUUGUGAUCCAUGAGAAAAUUGAAAUGUUUGAGCGACUUCUUCGAGCAGUUUAUGCACCUCAAAACAUCUACUGUGUGCACAUGGACCAAAAGUCCUCUGAAGAAUUUCAGAAGGCUGUGGAGGCUAUUGUUGCCUGUUUCCCCAAUGUGUUUAUAGCUACAAAACUAGAAAAGGUGAUUUAUGCCUCCUGGUCCCGUGUGCAAGCAGAUCUGAACUGCAUGACAGAUCUGUUGAAGUCACCCGUAAAGUGGAGGUACCUGCUCAACGCCUGUGGGACAGACUUCCCUAUUAAAACCAAUGGAGAGAUGAUUAAAAUACUCAAGAUCCUAAAUGGAAGGAACAGUAUGGAGACUGAGGCGGCCGGCGACUACAAGAAAGCCCGUUGGCAAUAUCAUCACAUUGUGACCGACAGUGUUAUCAGGACAGAUGAGAUGAAAAGUCCCCCGCCGAUUAGCAGCCCGAUGUUCACAGGGAAUGCCUACUUUGUGGUCUCAAGAGACUUUGUGACACAUGUGAUGCAGGACACAGAGGUUCAGAAACUCCUGGAGUGGUCGAAGGACACGUAUAGCCCUGACGAGCACUUGUGGGCCACUCUACAGAGGAUGCCCUCUGUACCCGGAUCGACGCCUGCCGACAGCAAGUUUGAUUUGUCAGACAUGCUAAGCCUCGCUCGUGUGGUGAAGUGGAGCUAUUUGGCAGGUGAUGUAAAAAAAGGAAGUCCGUAUCCUCAUUGCACUGGUGUUUACAGACGAGCCGUUUGUGUGUACGGAGCUGGUGACCUCUGGUGGCUGCUGAGUCAACAACAACUUCUUGCAAAUAAGUUUGAUGUUGAAGUUGAUGACAUUGCUAUAAGAUGUUUGGAGACUGUUUUGCGUUUCAGAGCUGUGGGCCUUGACCCACUGCUCAAAGGUUAAUCGUCCACUAUGUUGUAAUGGUUUUGAUCAUGUAAAAUGUAUAAUAUUAAAGAAAUCUUCCACAGUCAUAAAAAAAUGGCCUAGUAUAAAAUCAUAAGGGGUAUUCUACUGAGUUGUCUUAAAUGUAAUGCUGCUAUGGUAUUUCCAAAAUACUACCCAUUGUGAUGUGAUGUUAAUAUUAAGAAUAAUAGUUUUCAUAAAUCGUAUAUCAUUUUAGAAUGUUAUGAGCAUUAAAUAUGAUAAACAAUGUGUUUGGCUGAUGUUUUUAUGGGAUUUCUGUGAUGCCUUUGUGUAGGAUUUCUGUGUUUUUGUGGCUCCAUCUAGUGGAUCCGGAGUUCUGUCAACUU